AUGUUGGACUUUGCCUCAAACCAGUCACUGCUCUUUGUCAUCUCUCUUCCAAAGAUAGAGAGUGCUGAUUCGCGGAUGGUGUCGCGAAGGUUAGGAGGAGGAGUCCUGAGGAAAACGGAUUGGAUGUCACAUAUUAGGUUUUGGAAGGCCAUCCGCUGCACACUGGUAAAUUGCACAUGUGAAUGCUUUCAGCCAGGGAAGAUCAAUCUGCGGACCUGUGACCAGUGCAAACAUGGUUGGGUGGCCCACGCGCUGGACAAGCUCAGCACCCAGCAUCUGUACCACCCAACUCAGGUGGAGAUUGUGCAAUCGAACGUGGUAUUUGACAUCAGCAGCCUGAUGCUGUACGGUACUCAGGCUGUGCCUGUACGCCUCAAGAUCCUCCUCGAUCGUCUUUUCAGUGUUCUCAAGCAAGAGGAAGUGCUCCAGAUCCUCCACGGCCUAGGAUGGACUCUUCGAGACUAUGUCCGUGGUUACAUCCUUCAGGAUGCUGCAGGCAAGGUGCUGGAUCGUUGGGCAAUCAUGUCGCGGGAAGAGGAGAUCAUUACCCUCCAGCAGUUCCUGAGAUUCGGAGAAACCAAGUCCAUUGUGGAGCUGAUGGCCAUCCAGGAGAAAGAAGGGCAGGCUGUGGCAGUGCCGACUUCCAAAGCAGAUUCUGACAUCAGGACUUUUAUAGAAGGCAACAAUCGGACGAGGAGCCCCAGUCUCCUUGCUCACCUAGAAAACAGCAACCCUUCCAGCAUCCAUCAUUUUGAAAACAUCCCCAACAGCCUGGCCUUCCUGCUUCCAUUUCAAUACAUAAAUCCUGUGUCCGCUCCUCUGCUUGGCCUCCCUCCUAAUGGGGUCAUGCUUGAACAGCCAAGCCUGAGACUGAGGGAACCUAACCUCCCCAUCCAGAAUGAACGCGUGGAGAGCAGUGAGUCUGAAGUCUCUGUUUCACCUUUCCGAGGUGACCAAUCGGGCAACAGGAAUGCGCUCAGCAGCAUAAUCAACAUUGAGCCCAAGUGCGAGCAGAAGAGCAUCUGCCCAGUUAACCCUCCAGCACCUGCCAAUGACCCCGUCAAAUCGGAUCACUCCAAAGCCAGCAUUCUGAAUGCAAAGAUCCAGAGGAUGCGAAGGAAUGGGUUGACCCCAAGGAAAGGCCGAGUGGUCUGCAAUGCCUGUGGGAAGACCUUCUACGACAAAGGCACUCUCAAGAUCCACUACAAUGCGGUGCAUCUGAAGAUCAAGCACAGGUGUACCAUCGAAGGCUGCAACAUGGUCUUCAGUUCCCUGAGGAGUCGCAAUCGACAUAGUGCCAAUCCUAACCCCCGCUUGCACAUGCCAAUGCUGAGGAACAACCGAGACAAGGACCUCAUUCGAGCCACAUCUGGAGCUGCCACUCCUGUCAUAUCCAGCAUCAAGUCAAAUCUGAAUCUUUCAUCUCCUGGGCGACCAUCCCUUGGCUUCAGCUCACCCUCAGUGGAUCCAGUUCUUCAAAGCCCGCUGGUGUUCCCAUCAUUAAAAACAGUGCAGCCUGUCCCUCCAUUUUACAGGAGCCUGCUGACCCCUGGUGAAAUGGUGAGCCCACCCAACUCACUCCCUACCAGCCCCAUCUUGCCAGCUGUAGUUAACCAUGAGCAGUCUUGUGGCCCAGAGCAGCACCCGUCCACGGUCCAGGAACCAGCACCUGAACUUGCCCCCAAGAAAAAGUCUCGCAAGUCAAGUAUGCCCAUCAAGAUAGAAAAGGAGUUGAUUGGUGCAGACGAUGAGUUCGAUGAAGAUGAUCAGGUCAAUGAGAAUCAUAUCAACAGUGACAUUCAUGACGAGGAAAUGAGCAAUGGCAAUGGCCCUACUAUCCACAUGCACAGCAGCAGGAGGGCAGACGAUGAGAGAAGCCUUGGCGGCUUUGAGGAUAAAAAGAUGGGGAGCAUAACUUCUGAGGAUCAUGAGCAAGAUCGCGAUUUUGAGGAUGAUUCUGAAGGCUCAGAAUCCAAAAUGUGCGAUGAUGUCACAGAAAAUGAGGAGCAGACACACAGAGAGAUCUUUGAUAAGGAAGAAAUGUCAAGCAGCAAGACUGAAGAUAAAGACUGCAUUUCCCCUCCUCCACAAACCAUUAAAAUAAAGGAGGAGUUCAGUGACCCAACCUAUGACAUGUUCUAUAGCAUCAGCCAGUAUGGCUUGUACAAUGGAGGAGCUGGGAACAUGGCCGUCCUCCAAGAAAGCUUUGCCUCUUCUAUGGGAUAUGGCAGCCCCCAGAAGUACUCACCGGAGAGUGAACUGUGCUCCAGUCCUGAUCCCAAGAUAUGUUACGUCUGCAAGAAGAGCUUCAAAAGCUCUUACAGUGUGAAAUUACACUACAAGAACGUUCACCUGAAGGAGAUGCAUGUUUGCACAGUGGAAGGCUGUAAUGCAGCGUUCCCAUCUCGCAGGAGCAGAGACAGGCAUCUCGUACACAGAAUACCACUCAGGCACAGUGCCAACAUUAAUCUUCAUCGAAAGCUACUGACCAAGGAACUGGAUGAAAUGGGGAUGGAUCCAGCUCCUCCACUUUCCAAGGACCUCCGAGAGGAAUUUUUGGCCAAGAUCUAUGGUGGCCACCAUGGAAUUGGACUUGAUAUGAGGGACGAAGUUAGUUCACCAGCAGGGACAGAAGAUUCCCACACCAAUGGCUACACAAGGGUCACACCAGAUGAUUAUAUGGUGCUGGACCUCAGCACCACUUCCAGCAUCCAAUCCAGCAGCAGUAUCCACUCGUCACGGGAAUCAGAGGUGGGAAGUGAUGAGGGGAUCCUGUUGGAUGAGAUAGAUGGGGCCAGCGACAGUGGUGAAUCCACCCACAGAGCAGAGGUUCAGUCCCAGGCUGCUGGUUCCAGUCAUGAAGCCCUAGAGGCCUCGAUAUUGCAAGCAGCAUCAACCAGCAAUGGUGGGAUCAUGUGUAUUAUCUGCCACAAAAUGUACAGCAACAAGGGGACACUGAGGGUUCACUACAAGACGGUCCAUCUCCGUGAAAUGCACAAGUGCAAAGUUCCUGGUUGUAACAUGAUGUUCUCCUCCCUGCGAAGUCGGAACAGGCACAGCCAGAACCCCAAUCUACACAAGAAUGUUCCUUUUGCCUCCAUUGACUAAUGCAGGUCUCUGUGCCAGGUGACCUGAUCUGCUGAGCCUUUUUGACAUCAGGUGCUUUCUUCGCUGUUUUGCCCUCUGACCUGGGGUUCAUACACAAGGAGCAAUUGUUUGGAGCUCAGUGGAUGGAAAUCCCAGGUCAUAUUGAAAUGCUCAUGCUUAAUUCAUCUCCAAAGAGACCGUAUAAACUAUCUGUGACUGUUGCCUGCAGAAAAAAGUACCUUCUUGUUGUCUUUGUGAACUUAACUACUUGUCAGCUUUUGAAAGAAACUUUGAUUGAGCAUGGCAGCUUUUUUUGUACAAACUAUGCCCUUAAAAAGGCCAAUGAUGUCAAUUGAUUCUACUGUCAUCCUGAUAAGCCAAGGUCCUUUUUCUGUCACAUUUCUAAUUUGUGAAAUAGUCCUCUAAGGUUAUAAACGUGAAAUUUGAAAAGAAAAUUAAUGUCCUCUUUUAACCGACAGAUUUGGGAUAAAUGUAACUUGUAUCUGCAUAGAUUUUUGGCAUUUGAUGCCUUGUGCUUUUUAUUUAUAGCAGGGCACAAUCUUGAAAUUUGAGCCAGGCCUUUCAGGGAUGAUGUCAGGAAAUUUUCCUGAAAAAGGAGGGAAAAGAAAUUGCAAACUUUCAACCCCUGGAGUUCAACAUAUAUUGCAAAACUGAGAUUCAUAAAAUUUUGUUGGGUAACUAUCACCAAGGUAGAUGGGUUGAGUUAAGAUAUGGAUCAGCUACAAUCUAAUUGAUUCAAAUUGCCAAAUGGCCUUCUCCACUUCCAAUGUUCCAAAUGUUACACUCAGUAUUAAAUAUCAGUUGCCAUUUCAGUCAUCAGUUUGCCCUUCUUUGUAAACUGGCAUGACGUGAUCUUUCUCUGCACUUAAUAACAUUGCAUUGAGUUUUAUCUGCAGCCUGUUGUUCCCUUGCUAAUAUACAACAGUCCUCGGAAAGAUGAGCUAUAUUACUGUCUCCUAGCCCACAAUCUUUACUACACCAAAAUGCUGAGUUCUCUGAUCUUCUCCAAUUCUGCUAUUUACCCCACCACCACCAUCCCUGAUUCCCAGAGGCUUCAAGCUUUGAUUCACCCUCCACAAACCAUUCUGACUCUCUUUCCUCCUAUAUCUUAUUUAUAGGAGGUAUAUUAUAACCACACUGAGCCCAAAUCACCAUAUGUGUCUCAAAAGUUGUCUUAUUAGAUUCCUGUGAAGUAUCUUGUGAUAUUUUACAAUGUUAAAGGUACCACAUUAAUAUGCUUCCACUGUCAGAAGGCUAUUAAGAACAGGGUUUUUUUUGCUGGUUUUAGGGGAAAGCAUUUCAUAAUAUCCUGAUUGACAGAUGCCUAAAUGACAGAGAUUUCCUGCAGCCGAUUGUUAACUUGACUAUUUAAGAAUUAAUUCAAGCCAGUAUUGAAGAACCCUUGGUUGAAGCUAGCGCUUCAUUGCCUCCUCCAGACAGAUUAUGUUGGAGCAUUUUUUUCUCAAUAGAAGGAAGAACUGAGAUUGGAAAUCACAAUGACAUGAUACUUUCACAAUCUCUGCUGGAUAUAGGUGAUUAGGAGAGAAUGUGAGGUUCAUUAUAUUCCUUUGAAACAUGAUGAAACCUUUGCUCACUUUAUAGGAUGCAGAUAGUCAUAAAGUCAUGCCAAUCAAUAAAAGCUGCUAGUUCCUUAAUUUAUGAGGAUUUGUUUAAUUUGACUAAUUGUUGCCAUAUGUAUUUAAAAUGGAGCACUUCUGAAAAUCUAAUAUGAGAAUAUUUCUCUACACUAAAUUCUAAUACUGGAUUACCAAUGACAAGGUCAGUUGUCAGCUUUCUGCAUAACGGCCAUUCUCAUCUCAAAAUCAUACUUCUUAAGCUACAGGCUUCAACAAAUAAAUAAAACUUUCAAGAAAAUAACCAUCGAACAGCAUUGUAGAAGCACUUAACUACAAGUACCUGAUGAUUGCGAUAUUCUGAAUAGCACCCAGGUUCACUCCAGUAAAAAAUUUUAUUUCUCUGUCACCUUUAACAUAAGGAACAACACCAAAGUGCUUCGCAGGAACAUCAUCAGUCAAAGUGUAACACUAAGCCAGUAAAGGCCAGAUGAUUAGAAGUUUGGGCAUUUUUUUUUCACGGUUUGAUUUCCAGGAAGAGAGAGGUGAAGAGACAGAAAGAUUAAGGGAAUAAAAUGUAGAGAUUUAACACAGAUGAAGUGGUGAAGCAUUUUCUUUCAGCAGUGAGUAAGAUAGUAGAAUUAGAGGGUUGCAAACAUUUUCAGGUUUAUAAUUAUGUGGGGUAUUAGAGAGAAAGAUGGCAUGCACCAUGGAGGUAUUUGAAAAAGUACAAAAUUUAAAGUUAGGCAUUAUCUUGCUGGGAGCCAGCUUAAGUCUGUAAGCAUAUGACUGAUGGAUAAGAGAAUUGUACCAGUUGAGGGGUGGACUGUGUGAUUUUUGGACAUCUCAUGUUUUUAAAGGGUAGAACAAAGGGCUCAACCUGGAGGGCAACGAAGACAGUUGAGUGCAUAGCUGAGAUGGGUGACAAUUGGAACACAAAAUUUGGUUUUGUUCUGAAUCCAAGUAAAUGCAUAACAACAAGGUAGAGCAGAUGCCAGUGUUCAGGUUUAAUUAGAUAGACAAUUAGGUCAGAUGACUUACAUUUAGAAUCAUUUCAAUGUAAUUUGUCCAACAAGGUUGGACCCUUUAUUUGAUGUCUAUCAAGUCCAUUCACUCCAUCUGACCUGAUAUAUCUGACAUGUAGCUUGUUGUUCAACUUCUUACAUCAGUUCCUGAUUUCUCAUUAAAGAGAUACAGCAGUUAUCUUUAGCUAAUUGAUACUAUAUAUUUACAUUUUUUUGGUGUAAAUUUGCAUCCCAAUUUUAAUUUCCUUGGAAUGUAAAUCUUUAGCACAAUAACAACCCAUAUCUCUGGCAUUCAAUUUCCCAUUAUGGCAGAACACAUUUUAAAAUAAAUGAUAAUUCAAUAUAGAAUUAAUGAUAGUUCCUGAGCUUAAAGGAAUAGAGAACAGGUAAAUUGCCAAUAAUGAUCAAGGAAUCUGAACUUGAAGGGGCUUCUACACUGCCAGUUAAUUUAUCUUCAAUAAACAUUAAACAAGGCCUUUGGCUCAUCAGUAUUACAUAUUAUUGAUGGUUGUUAGAAUUUUUUUUGUUCUACCUUUGUGUAAGAUCUU